CGCAAUCAACAGUUUAGUGUUUUCAUAAAUAUUACAAAUAUAUAUAUAUAUAUAUAUAUAUAUAUAAAACAACAACAAUAAUAACAAUCAAAUGCUUGUGAAGUGCAGCGUAAAGCGAUUUGUCGCAUUUUUCUAAUUCACAUUCACCCGCAAUUUCCGCAAUCAAAACGCCGCUCGUGUUAUCAGGCUGAAUAACGCUGGAGGCGUUUUAAAUUAAAUCAAGUUGACAGCACGUGGGGGCAAAUCAAACAGAAAUGAACUGUUGAAUGGCUGUCGAGGAUUAGAUAGAAGCUCCCAACCCAUUUGCGCGCGGAUAUUUAAGGCCGCCAAUAUUAAAAGAAGGCAUCAGGGCCGGAAGCGAACGUGCAUGAACUUAAAUCUAGAGGCUAAUGUAACAGACACAACCACAGCCACAGGCACAGCUACAAGGGCUGAAGAUGACAACACACAAGCAUUUGACGGAAACAGUUUGAGUCGCACUCAUCAAUUACCCCUUCCAGCGGGCACCUGCGCUGCUUCGCUGCCCAUUAAAGUCGGAGCUAACAAAACAGCAGGCUGUUAGGCAACAGGCGAUAGCAACAGGUCGUCAGAACUUUGCUUAGAGACCCAACCCCAAGCACAUAAGUGGCCAUCUACGUGACUUUAUCAGCACACGCAGCUGGAGCCGCAGUCAAGCGCUUAACUGAAGAGCUUCGCACAAGGUGGAGGCGGCACAUUAACCAGCAGAUUGGGGCUGAUUUACUGGAUGUGUGAACAGCUAGAAUAAUGAGUAUAUGCAGCAGUCCGGCAUCACAGCGAAUCCGUAACCGUAUACACAAACAGUGAGAAUCAUGACCGAUGUGUCUGCGGCAGCUGACGGGGUCGCCGGUGGCGCCUGCGAGCGAGCACGCACAACAAACUCAGAGGCGCCAGCUGAGUCUGCGUCCCUAACAACGUCUACUUCAGUGUCCACGAAACCACUAAUCAAUGGUGCCAAAAAGGCGACAACAACAGCAGGAACAGGAACAGCAACAGCAAUGGCAACCACAAGCAAUCAAGCCAAAUUGGAGCGUCACUUGCAGAGCAACAACAAUCAACAUGCAGCCGCAGAAACGCCGACUUCGCCGUCGCCGUCGGCAACGUCAUCGCAGCCAUCGCAACCAUCGCAACCAUUGCUGGCCAAACCAAAGGUUUCCGCUGACAGCGAACCGUGUGGACCUGCGGCCAGCGACAAUUUGAGUGGCGCAUCUACUUCUUUGGCGUCCGCCAAGUGCAGCAGCAAGCAGGAUGUUGACGAGGUGGCCCGCCUGUUUGAGGAGAAGCCCGAGGCGUUUGAGAAAUGGCUAACGGAACGUGCCCCGCCUGAGGCGCUGAGUCGCCUACACGAGUUCAUUGAGAGCCGUAAGCCGCACAAACGCCCCUCGGUCACAUCGGAUUUGUUCCAGCAGUGGAUGGCCUCGCCCGUUGUGCAGCAGAAGUCACCGCGCAGGCUUUCCAAUUCAUCCGUGCAUGCGCUGCCCGAAAGUCGACGCCAUUUGAUGGAACUGGACGAGGGUGAGCUCUUCAUGGAGCUGAUACGCGACGUGGCCAAUGAGCUGGACAUUGAUGUGCUCUGCCACAAGAUAUUGGUCAACGUCGGCCUGCUGACCCAUGCGGAUCGGGGAUCCCUCUUUCUGGCCAAGGGCACGCCCAACAACAAGUAUCUGGUGGCCAAACUGUUUGACGUCACACAAAAGACAGCUCUCAAGGAUGCGGUGACGCGGGCGCGAGCCGAGGAAAUUAUUAUACCGUUUGGCAUUGGCAUCGCUGGCAUGGUGGCGCAGACAAAGGAGAUGAUUAACAUCAAGGAGGCAUACAUGGAUGCGCGCUUCAAUUGCGAAAUCGAUCUAAAGACCGGCUACAAAACAAAUGCUAUACUUUGCAUGCCCAUUUGCAAUUACGAGGGCGACAUCAUAGGCGUGGCACAAAUCAUCAAUAAAACGAAUGGCUGCAUGGAAUUCGAUGAGCACGAUGUGGAAAUAUUUCGCAGAUAUUUAACAUUCUGCGGCAUUGGCAUACAGAAUGCACAGCUUUUCGAAAUGUCCGUCCAGGAGUAUAGGCGCAAUCAAAUCCUUUUGAAUCUGGCGCGCAGCAUCUUCGAGGAGCAGAACAAUCUCGAGUGCCUUGUCACCAAAAUCAUGACCGAGGCCCGCGAGCUGCUCAAAUGUGAACGCUGCUCGGUAUUCCUGGUGGAUCUGGACUGCUGCGAGGAGAGCCAUUUGGAGAAGAUAAUCGAGAAGCCUCAUCAGCUGGAGCAGCGCGCCACGCGUGCCAUUAAAGACGGCGACAGUUUUGAGGAAAAGCAGAAGAUGCGCAAUCGUUUCACUGUUCUCUUCGAGCUAGGUGGCGAAUCUCAGGCGGCAAACGUAUCCAGGCCCUCCAUCAAUGAUCUGAGCCACUCGACGCUGGCGCAGAUCGCACAAUUUGUGGCCACCACCGGACAAACGGUGAACAUUUGCGAUGUUCACGAUUGGGUCAGGGAGCACAAUCAAAUACGCGCCGAGGGAGAGAUCGAUAGCACACAUGCCAUACUCUGUAUGCCCAUUGUGAAUGCCCAGAAGACGGUCAUAGGCGUGGCACAAUUGAUAAACAAGGCGAGCGGUUUGCCCUUCACCGAAUCGGAUGCCUCCAUAUUUGAGGCGUUUGCCAUAUUCUGCGGACUGGGCAUACACAACACACAGAUGUACGAGAACGCCUGCAAGCUGAUGGCCAAGCAGAAGGUGGCGCUGGAGUGCCUCAGCUAUCAUGCCACGGCCGGUCAGGAUCAGACGGAGAAGCUCAUACAGGAUCCCAUUGCCGAGGCCGAGACGUACAAUUUGUACAGCUUCACCUUCACGGACUUUGACCUGGUCGAUGAUGACACUUGUCGUGCAGUGCUGCGCAUGUUUAUGCAAUGCAACCUAGUUUCACAGUUCCACAUACCCUACGAUGUGCUCUGUCGCUGGGUGCUGAGCGUACGCAAAAAUUAUCGCCCCGUCAAGUAUCACAACUGGCGGCAUGCUCUAAACGUGGCUCAGACAAUGUUUGCCAUGCUAAAGACGGGCAAAAUGGAACGUUUUAUGACCGAUCUGGAGAUACUUGGCCUGCUGGUGGCCUGUUUGUGUCACGAUCUCGAUCAUCGCGGCACCAACAAUGCAUUCCAAACCAAAACCGAAUCCCCAUUGGCUAUACUAUAUACCACCAGCACCAUGGAGCAUCAUCAUUUCGAUCAGUGUGUUAUGAUACUCAACUCCGAGGGCAACAAUAUAUUCCAGGCGCUGUCGCCCGAAGAUUACCGCUCAGUUAUGAAGACUGUAGAAAGCGCUAUACUUUCCACCGAUUUGGCAAUGUACUUUAAGAAGCGUAACGCAUUUCUCGAACUGGUUGAAAAUGGCGAAUUUGACUGGCAGGGCGAGGAGAAGAAAGAUUUGCUGUGUGGCAUGAUGAUGACGGCCUGCGAUGUAAGUGCCAUAGCCAAGCCCUGGGAGGUGCAGCAUCGCGUGGCCAAGCUGGUGGCAGAUGAGUUCUUCGACCAGGGCGAUCUGGAGAAGCUGCAGCUGAACACGCAACCGGUGGCCAUGAUGGACAGGGAACGCAAGGAUGAGCUGCCCAAAAUGCAGGUGGGAUUCAUUGAUGUCAUUUGUUUGCCACUCUAUCGCGUAUUAUGUGACACAUUCCCAUGGAUAACGCCGCUGUACGAGGGUACGCUGGAGAAUCGACGCAACUGGCAGGACUUAGCUGAAAAGGUGGAAAUGGGCCUCACCUGGAUCGAUCAUGAUACGAUUGACAAGCCAGUGGAGGAGUUUGCCGGCUGUGCCGAUGAGGAGAUCAAGGACAUUGAGUUCACAGUGACCACGCUCAACUGCAAUCAGCAGUCGCAGCAUGGCGGCGACGAUAGCCACACGCCGGAGCAUCAGCGCAGCGGCUCACGGCUGAGCAUCAAGAAGACCGGCGCCCUAGGCAAAGUAGUGCGCUCCAAGCUAUCAAAGACGCUUUACAACAGCAUGGAUGGCUCCAAGCCGAAAACAUCGCUCAAGCUGCUCGAGUCGCAUGUCAGCGAGGAUAUGGAUGACAAGAGUCCGACGAGCCCAUCUCAGCCGCAUUUAGGCAGCGUUGGGCGAAUGUCGGCAUCCUCAUCCACAUCGUCUGCCGGCACCGUCGACAAGAGCAAGAAACGCUCCAAGCUGUGCGCGUUAUUAUGACGAAAACCCUCCAAUUAGAGUUUGCUGACCCCCUCCAGUGCGGCUGGCAGUGAGACUGACAAAAGCGGAGGGGGGCUGACCGACUUCUAAUUGCCUGAACUUGGCUGGACAGUGUGCUAAGCAACAAAUGCCAGCCAGCAAAUCCUUACAUUUAACAUCUUGAAUGACAUUGUCUUAACUUACUACUAUAGUAUCUAAUUUAUGUGAAGUUCAAGUUGAAUGAAUACCUUUUUUUGGUUACUCUACGUGUAUAUGCCUAUAAGUGGAGAACAACACAUACAAACAUACAAAACAGCAGAGAUAAUUGCAAUAUAAUACCUAAGUGAAUGUCAAAUCAUGUGAUCUAUUUAAGGUCCUAAAGGUCAAAGCGCAUGCGCGUUAUGCCUUUUGGUAUACUCUCUCCUUCUCUCUAACUCUCUAUUGGAAUCCGAAACUUACCUGUAAGCUCUUAGGUGUUUGUACUCCGCUCGCAGCUAAAACCAAACACUAUAUCUACAUAGAUUAUCAAUAUUAAGUAGUUCUCUUUCGUAAUCGAACCGUGCUAGUCAAGCGUAUGAAAUACCAACUAUAUAUAGCAUAUAUACUUACAUACAUUCACACGUAUGUUUAUAGUAUGUGUAACCUUCUGUAUGUUUAAGCAUGAAAUUUAAUGAGGCUAUGACACAUAUUGGCUAUCGAGGUUAAUGUACCCAAAAACUAUUACAACUAGUCCGCAUGUGAUAUCUACAUACACGUGUUGUACUCAACCUAUGGUAACUUGUGGUUAAAGCUUUUACUAUCUAGAUGGCAAAACUAA